UUUUCAAUAAGGCGCAGCAUAAAUACUUGCACCAACACCCAGAACGUAAUAAAAAUAUAAAUACUAGAAACCUCCUCUGCUUACGGGACGUUGGAAUUACAAUUUCCUUACAUUCAUCAAUCCACCCAGAUGCCUUUUCUACUUUGUCCCAGACGUCGCCGCCCCAACGACAAAAAACCCAUACCGUACGAAUGGAUCUACCCUCCACCGCGGGCGCAACAACGACCCCCCAUCCCGCGGCACCCGCAAACCCAGUCGUCGCUCUUCGCCAAGCUCCCCCUCGACCUGCGUCUCAAGAUCUUCCGCCUCGCGCUGGACAGCUCGCCCAUCCCCGUCAGCACGCAGGGCCUCCCGCGCUUCAUCGGGCUCGAAAGACCCGUAGACGAAGGGCCGCGGGUUACCGCGGUGCGCGAGGCUCGCCUGCUCAGCUUGCUGGUGACGUGCUCUCGCGCGUACGCCGAGGCGCUUCCCGUACUCUACAGCGUCAAUACGUUUUCCGUGUGCACGCGCGACACAGUGACGCUGCUCGCCGCCACGUCAUACGCGUCGUGGAUUCGCCGGCUCGAGUUCCGCUCGUGGCGGGGCCAUCCGCCGGUUAUUGAGCCACUGCCGGCGGAUAUGGGCUGGAUUAAGCGGAGGCUGAGCCGCAGAUUCGUGAGGAGAGAGGAAUUCUGGCGUCGCGAGUGGUUGAAGAUUUGGGAGGAUAUGCGGAAGUUGGAGGGCCUAAGGUGGGUGCAUGUCGAGCUGCACGCGCUCGGUUCAUGGCACAGGAGUUGGCGGAGGCACGAGAUGGAGGCUCUUGUGCCGCUGAGAGGGCUGUUGAGAGACGGAGCGUAUGGCAAGUUGACGGUGAACUGGGAGAGACCGGAGGCACAAGGUACGGCCGCCGAAGACAUACUGAAAGAGUGGGUAAUUGAGCGACUGGCGCCGUCUUAAGACUUUCAUCGCGAUAUUAUUAGAACUUGCCUCGAAAUAUCAAAAUCCUGG